AUGGAGGAGUUACAUGUUGAAGUUGUAUCGAGGAAGAUGAUGAAGCCAUUAAAUCCAACUCCAGAUCAUCAGCGAAAACUCAAAAUCUCUUUGUUUGAUCAAUUUGCUGCAAGAGUAUAUCCCGGUAUUCUUUACUACUACAAUUCAGGCGACGGCGACGACCAAAAAAGCACCCAGAAGAAGAAAUGCGCCGAGUUGGAGAAUUCAUUGCCCAAGGCAUUGGAUUUGCUCUACCCAUUUGCCGGCCGAUUCGUAAAAGACCAACUCUCCAUUGAAUGCAGUGAUACAGGAGUUGAAUUCUGGCAAGCCCGAGUCACGAACUGGAAGCUCCCAGAAUUGCUCCGGCGAGCACCUGAUCAGGUUGAACUCCUGGACAAGCUUCUGCCAUGGGGGAAUAAUAAUCCACCUUCAGUAGAGUCCGAGACAAGCCCUUUGGUAGCUAUCCAGGUGACCAGUUUCGAAGACGGCGGAAUCAUCGUCGGCAUAAGGAUUUCCCACAUUAUUUUCGAUGCAGCCACAACCUUCUUGUUCAUGAAUACAUGGGCUUCUGUUUGUCGUUAUGGCGGCGAAGUUCCUCCAUUUUUGAACAAAAUUAUCACACACGAUGUGGCCGACGCUUUUCCGGCCAUCCCGCCAUCAAAAUUGACAGAACCAUUCAGCCAACAGAACCAUCCACUUAUCUCCACUGUCUUACCAGGCUUCGAUAAUGAAGCUAAAAUUGUCACCAGAAGAUUCCUGAUUUCAUCGAAACUCCAUCUUGGUUUACCGAAAUGUAUCAAACACGGAGAAAUCAAGUUGUAUUCUAGAGUCGUCGUGACGUUGGCUCUAGUAUGGAAGGCACUCAUGAUCACAUCAGUUGCAAAUCACGGGCAUCUCAGGGAUUCCGUGUUAUCAAUCCCGAUGAACUUGCGCCGACUCGUACCUGUCGGAAACAAAAACCCUUUCGGGAACUUUUUCAUUUCGGUGGUUGUUCCAUUUUCAGCUGCAACCGAUGAUGAUGAUUUGGAUUUGUGUGAUCUGAUGGUUCUGAUUAAGAAUGCGAUUUCCGAUAUGACGAAGAAGAUUGUGAAUGCUGCUGAGAGAAGUAGGGAUGAUGUGGUGAAAGAGUUUAUGAAAUCGAGAAAGGAAGUGAGUGAAGCGUGGAAGAACAGCGUUCGGGCGGAUGUUUAUUUUUGUUCGAGUUGGUAUGGAGCGUUAGCGGUGUACGAGACUGAUUUCGGGUGGGGAAAGCCGAUCUGGGCAAGCAUUUCUACUCAGCCUGGGCCUGGCGUUUGCUUGAUGGAUUCUCGCAAUGAUGAUAAGAUGGAACUUUGGGUGAGCUUGAAACAAUCCGAUAUUCUCACUUUUCAGCGAAUUUUCUACAAUCUUGCAUCCGUUUCAAAUAUCUAG